AUGCGUUUCGGCAAGACGCUCCGGCACGCUGUGUACGCUCCUUGGAAGGGCAAGUACAUUGACUACUCCAAGCUCAAGACUCUCUUGCGCGAGGAUGAUGUCAACGGCGCGGAUGCUAGUGACUCCGACGAUAGCCCGUGGACUGAACAGGACGAGGAGGCCUUCGUCCAGGAAUUGCUGAAUGUUCAGCUGGACAAGGUCAAUUCCUUCCAAGUCGAGACCUAUCAGCAGCUUCGGGAACGUACCUCGGCCUGCGAGGCCAAGCUGCGUCCGCUGGCCCCAACCACUGAGGGGGAAGCUGAAGUCCCGGAGGGCCAGGAGCGCCGCACCAUUGCUUCUGAGGUCCUGCAGGAGCUCGACGGCAUUACUAAAGAAGUCAGUGAGCUUGAGAAGUAUAGCCGCAUCAACUUCACCGGCUUCUUGAAGGCUGCCAAGAAGCAUGACCGCAAGCGAGGCGCCCGCUAUAAGGUGAAGCCCCUGCUGCAGGUCCGCCUGUCCCAAUUGCCUUUCAACUCGGAGGACUACUCGCCACUGGUUCAUCGCCUCUCGGUGAUGUACGCCUUUGUGCGUGAAGCGCUGAGCCAAAAUGUCGUGCAGACCAAGGAGUCGGAGCGCCUUCAUGGUCGUGACGUGUACUCCUCUUACAAGUUCUGGGUGCACUCGGACAAUGUACUCGAGGUCAAGACAUUCAUUCUCCGUCGCCUCCCUGUCCUCAUCUACAACCCCACGACCUCUAAAAACAUCGAUACCAUGACCGAUGACCCCACCAUCACCUCUCUCUACUUCGACACUCCUCAGUUCGAUCUCUACAACCAGAAGGUUGCCCGUGCGGCUGAGGCUGGAUCUCUUCGGCUGCGCUGGACUGGCCAGCUGCAGGACAAGCCGCCCAUCUUCCUGGAGAAGAAGAUCGUCGCCGAGGACGAUAGCAGUCGCGAGGUCAAGGUGCAGCUCAAGGAGAAGCACGUUAAGGAGUUCCUGGACGGCGAAUACCACUUGGACAAGCAGGUUCACCGCAUGGAGGAUAUGAAUAACGGGGAAUCGGCCGAAGCCGAGACCCUUAAGAAGGAUGUCGAGGAGCUCCAGGCGUUCAUCAAGGAGAAUGACCUACAGCCCAUGCUCCGCGCCAACUACACUCGCACCGCUUUCCAGAUUCCUGGAGACGACCGCAUCCGCAUUUCUCUCGAUACCAACCUUGCUCUCAUUCGUGAGGAUGCCCUUGAUAGCGAGCGUCCCUGCCGUGACCCCUCCGAGUGGCACCGUACCGAUCUAGACAACGCCGGCAUGACAUACCCCUUCAGCGACAUCCGCACCGGAGAGAUCGCUCGCUUCCCCCAUGGGCUGCUGGAGAUCAAGCUUCGCGGCAAGGCUCACGACGCCGAGUGGAUCAAUGACCUUAUGACUUCUCAUUUGGUCAAGGAAGCCCCGCGCUUCUCCAAGUUCGUUCACGGUGUCGCCCAGUUGUUCGAAGACCAUGUCAACAGCUUCCCCUUCUGGCUGGGCGCUCUGGAAAAUGAUAUUCGCCGUGACCCAGAGACCGCCUUCCACGAAGAACAAGAACGGCUGGCUAAGCGCGCCGAGGAAGAUAUUGCCGUUGGCAGCUUCUUGGGUGGUGCAGGCAGCCCAAGCGCAAACCCCUUGAUCGGCUCACCUCUUAGCCGUUGGAACGUCUUCCACCAAGGUGACUUUGGCCGUGUCAACCUCCGCCGCCCUUCUGGGGUCAGCGAUGCUCAUUCCAAUCCCCGUAUCCUCUCCUUCGAGCCUCAGCGCCGCGAGAUGGAUACCUCGACUGAGACCAUCCAGGAGACCGAGACUCAGGAGCCAGGUCCCUCUCGCAUCUCCUCCAUGCUGCAGUCUGUCGGCAUCACGCCCAAAUGGAUGGGCCAAGAGACCGUUGCCUUGCCUCCUGGUGUUCGCCACCCUGGGGUCUGGAUCAAGGACACCGGCCCCGUUCGCGUCGAGAGCAAGGUAUGGCUCGCCAACCAGCGUACAUUUAUCAAAUGGCUGCACAUCAGUAUCCUGCUUUCCAGUCUGUCUCUGGGUCUGUACAACGCCGCCGGCAAACACAAUCGCGUGGCUCAGGCCCUCGCCGUCGUCUACACAUUUUUUGCUCUUUUCUCCGCCGCCUGGGGUUGGUACAUGUACGAGAAGCGUGCUCGUCUGAUCCGCCAACGUAGCGGCAAGGACCUCGACAACAUGAUCGGACCUCUCGUGGUGUGCAUUGGUCUGGCGGUUGCUUUGGUGCUUAACUUUGGCUUCAAGUACACUACUAUGCUUGAACACUCCCGUCAUCCUCACCACGAAGCUCCUAUUGAUUCCAACUCCACUGUGCUGAACGCUGCCUCGUGGGCCGUUGGUGGUCAGCAGGUGAUGUAA